AUGUCAAACAAAUUCGCGUCUUCUUUGAAGGCGUUCUUUUUCGAUCACGACUGUUUUUUUUUUGAGAUUUUUUUUACAUUUGCAUCUUUUAUUUCGGCUACAAUAUAUUUUCGUUCCCCAAUCUAUCUCUCUCUCGCUCUCUCUCUCUCUCUCUUUCUCCCCCCCUCUCUCUCUGUUUUACUUUGUUCUCUUUUCUUUUCUAUCACCUGUUUAUCGGCACCCUCUCCUACCGUCAUCGUUUGCCUCAAACCUUUUCUCUUUCUCCUCCCUUCAUCGUCCUUGCUACCCUGUGAGCAACGACCCAACACUUUCGCUGCUGAGGCACGUGACCGUUUUGAAACGAACAUCUAUUCAAAGUUUUUUGGACGGUUGGCAUUUUGCCGCCAGUCAAACGGCCACGUGACUCAUCGGAUGCCUGCCAAAAAGUAUCCACGAAUAACAGACGACCUGCGGGCAUCGAGUCGAGAAGACUUCUUUUUACAUUUCUCUAUGCAGAUUCGAUAUUUUAUCUAUCUAUCUAUCUAUCUAUCUAUCUAUCUAUCUAUCUUCAUUUCAUUUCGAGCUACUUUGUUCUUUACUUUCUUUCUAUCUAUGUAUCUAUCCAUCAUUCUCCUGACAUCAAAAAUCUAUCUAUCUAUCUAUCUAUCUAUCUAUCUAUCUAUCUAUCUAUCUAUCUAUCAUAUCUUCAUUUUAUUUCGAGCUAUCUUUGUUCUUUACUUUCUUUCUAUUUAUCUAUCCAUAUUUCUAUCUUUGUUCCUUACUUUCUUUCUAUUUAUCUAUCCAUAUUUCUAUCUUUGUUCUUUACUUUCUUUCUAUUUAUCUAUCCAUAUUUGUAAUUUAAUUCUAUCUACCUAUCUAUCUAUCUAUCUAUCUAUCUAUCUAUCUAUCUAUCUAUUUUUUCUUUCGUUUUCUCUGUUUGUGAUCCGUUUAUUUCUUUCUUCUCUAUAUAUCUAUGGCAUAUGCAUUUUAAUUAUCAAUCUAUGUUUGUACUUUAUUUUUAUCUAUGUUACUUUAUUUUUAUAUAUGUAUGUUCUAUUCAUUUGUAUUUUCCAUCUAUCGAUUUUUGUCCUUUUUAGAUCAUUCAUUCUUGGUUUCAUUCAUUUUUCUGUCUAUCUAUCUAUAUUUCUAUCUAUCUAUCUAUCUAUCUAUCUAUCUAUCUAUCUGUCUGUCUGUCUUUAUUUUUUUAAUUUCAUUAUAUUUAUCGAUGUAUCUAUCUUUUUCAUUCUAUAUAUCUAUGUUCCUUCAUUCAUUUGUUUCUAUCUCUGUAUUUUGAUUAAUUUCUUUCUUUCUUUCUUUCUUUCUUUCUUCCUUUCUAUCUAUCUAUCUUGGUUCUUAUCAUUCAUUGUAUAUAAAUAUUUAUCUAUUUACUACUAUAUUUUUUCUUUUAAUUUCUUUCUAUAUAUUAGUGUUUGUUCUUUUCAUUUCUUUCUUUCUUUUGCAUUUCAUUUAUUCAUCCCACUAUCUAUGUUUUUUUUUCAUUUUUUCUAUAUAUCAUUAUAUGGUAGUUACUUUUCUUCGUAUGUAUCUAUUUAA